ACUGUACAACAGCACAUGAAAGCGGGCGGGGCCGGGGAGAAAGAGGGGGCGGAGCAAACUACGAGAGUCCGGGAAAAGUCAAACGGGAGGCGGUGCCUCCGUGUGUGCGCAAUCCACGCUUGGCCCGUCCUCCUCCAGACGGGCCCUCCCUCCCUCCCCCACCCCCUCGGGCCACCCGCUCUUGAGUCGGAGACUCCUGGCUCCCGUUCGGCUCACAGUCCGGGCAACAGAGGGACACGGGAAUGGACACAGAAGGGAGUCAGAGCAGCCUGUCGUCCUCCACGCAGGACUCCCCGCACGACCCCUGCAAAAUGUUCAUCGGCGGGGUGGGCUGGCGGACGACACAAGAUUGACCCUAAGGUGGCCUUCCCACGCAGAGCUCAGCCGAAGCUGGUAACAAGAACAAAGAAGAUCUUUGUUGGAGGAUUGUCUGUCAACACCACCAUCGAAGAUGUGAAACAGUAUUUCGAUCAAUUUGGAAAGGUUGAUGACGCGAUGCUAAUGUUUGACAAAACCACCAACAGGCACAGAGGUUUUGGCUUUGUGACCUUUGAGAAUGAAGACGUGGUGGAAAAGGUCUGCGAGAUCCACUUUCACGAGAUCAACAACAAGAUGGUGGAGUGCAAAAAGGCGCAGCCGAAGGAAGUGAUGUCACCGACAGGUACGGCACGAGGCCGCUCCAGGGUGAUGCCCUACGGCAUGGACGCCUUCAUGCUGGGUAUCGGCAUGCUGGGUUACCCAGGGUUCCAGGCGGCCACUUACGCCAGUCGUGGCUACACAGGAAUCACACCGGGAUACACAUACCAGUUCCCAGAAUUCCAUUUAGAACGGACACCCCUUCUGACUUCCUCUCACCCUCCAGAGAUCACAGCCAUUCCACUGACGGCCUACGGACCAAUGGCAGCGGCCGCAGCUGCAGCGGUGGUCAGAGGUUCCACACACUCACGUACCGCCGGCUUCCUGGGCACCAGCAGCCCUGGGCCAAUGGCAGACCUGUAUGCAGCAGCCAAUCAGGAUUCAGGAGUCAGCAGCUAUAUCAGUGCGGCAAGUCCCGUCCCCAGCACAGGGUUUGGACACGGACUCGGGGGUCCUUUGAUUGCAACGGCCUUUACCAAUGGCUACCACUGAGGGGUGUCCAAUCAGAGCCCAGCAUGGGAGGAGAAACUCACGCGCUUGUGAACCGUGAGCACUUCUGGCGACGUGACGUGCUUUUGGGA